UUAAAAAGGCUGUCCCUUCCACUUGUUGCAUGUCAGAGACUACAUAAAAAUUUUAUCUGAAAGAGAAGGUGGCCUGCGUGGUGACGAUUGUGUUUCUCAGCCACCACAACCUCAGAUACGGUCAGUCUUUGGUCACAAAGAUGGAGGAGGCAAUAGUUCUGUACCCAACACCAGCCAUAGGGCAUCUGAUCUCCAUGGUGGAGCUUGGAAAACUAAUUCUAACCCACCGGUCUUCCCUCACUAUCCACAUACUCGUUGCCCCCCCACCCUACAACGCUGGUUCCACCACUCCUUACAUAUCCUCUGUCUCUGCCACCAUCCCUUCCAUUACCUUUCACAGUCUCCCCAACGUUACUCUCCCACCCACCAUUUCUCCCCACCAUGAAACCCUUACCUUUGAGCUCCUCCGUCUCAACAACACCAAUGUUCACCAAUCUCUCGUAUCUAUCUCCGAACGUUACUCCAUCCACGCCCUCAUCAUGGACUUCUUCUGCUCUCAAGCUCUCUCUGUUGCAACCAACCUCAACAUCCGCUACUACUACUUCACUUCCCCUGCCAGUAGUCUUGCUUUCUUCCUAUACUUUCCAACCUUGCACAGAAACACCACUAAAAGCUUCAAAGACCUUAACACCCUUCUUGAGUUUCCCGGCGCACCACCCGUGCCAUCCUCGGAUGUGCCGAAACCUGUUCUCGACCGUUUUGACAAGGCGUACGAUUACUUUCUAGAUUGCUCGAUCAUCGUGGCUAAAUCAGCAGGAAUACUCGUCAACACUUUUCAGUCGCUGGAAUCGAGAGCUAUCGGAGCUCUGUCAAAUGGACAAUGCAUCCCUGACGGUCCCACGCCUCCUAUUUACUGCGUAGGGCCACUGAUAGCAUCUAUUGAUAAUAGUACUGGCGGUCACGUGACUGUGCCUGAGUGCUUAAAUUGGCUCGAAUUGCAACCGAGUCAAAGCGUCGUGUUUUUAUGUUUUGGAAGCUUGGGGUUGUUCUCAACGGAACAGCUGAAGGAGAUAGCUUUAGGGUUGGAAAAGAGCGGCAUAAGGUUCUUGUGGGUGCUACGCAAUCCGCCUACUCAGGCCCAUAGCUUGGCCACCUCUGUCCAAUCUCAUGAGCCAGACUUGGACUCGUUGCUUCCUGAGGGUUUCUUGGAGAGGACCAAGGAGAGGGGACUGGUAGUGAAGUCCUGGGCACCACAAGUGGCCGUAUUGAAUCACGAGGCGGUGGGUGGAUUUGUGACACAUUGUGGAUGGAACUCGGUAUUGGAAUCGAUAUGCGCGGGUGUGCCGAUGAUCGCUUGGCCGCUCUAUGCUGAGCAAAGGAUCAAUAGGGUGUCAAUGGUGAAAGAAAUGAGAAUUGCUUUGCCAAUGAACGAGUCGGAGAACGGGUUUGUGAGCGCAGCCGAGGUGGAGAAGCGAGUCAGAGAGCUAAUGGACUCGGACAAAGGUAAGUUAAUCAGGGAGAGAACCUUGGCUAUGAAAAACGAAGCUAAAACUGUACUCAAUGAGGAGGAGGGAUCAUCGCGCGUGGCACUGAACAACUUCUUUGAGUCGUGGAAAAAUACCAGUUGAGUCGAUCCGAUCUGUUUCUAGAAUGGAGGGUU